AUGAAUUCUUCCUUCUGGACACAAGCAGAUGAUAACAGACCUGAUUUACUCUGUGGGAGGCCAGCUGACUACCUUAUUAUAAAGGACCACUUCAUAGUGCUUCUGUGUUCCACUGUUGUUUUCGGAGGGUUUUUGAAGACGUGUUUAAAGAAUUUUGAAGUCAUUGUCUUGACAAUUCUUUCUCUAUCAGGAUUUGUGAUAGGACAACUGGCUUACCAUUUUGUUGAGGUGCACCAAAUUGUCUACCCUCUUCUAAGAACACCAAGUUUUUCACUUUAUUGUUAUUUUUUACCUAUAAUUAUAUUUAUGGCUGCUUUGGAUGUGGACUUUUAUAUACUCAGGAAUGUGUUUUGGCAGGUCUUGUUAAUUGGAUUAAUUAGCUUUUUUACAGCAUUACUCACAACUGGAUACGUGGUUCUGAAAUUCGUUGGAGAGUCGUGGGAUUUCCAAUCUGGCCUACUCUUUAGCAUGAUCCUUGGCAUUACAGACCCUCUUCAUUCUGUGAAUUUACUGAAAACUAUGGGCAUUUCUAAAAUGUAUACUGAUAUCAUUAGAGGAGAAUCAUUGAUCUUUUCUGGCAUCACAAGCAUUAUUUUUGGACUUUUUCGGAGCACCACAGUCCACAUUUCUAUGUUUAGGGAGUUAAAUGUAGUCAUGGGACUCUUCCUUGACAUUUUUGGAAGUAUAAUAUGUGGAUAUUGGUGUGCAAGAAUCAUUCAGUUUAUAUUGACUGACCUUUUUAGCAAUACGCUGACUAAUGUCAUUCUCUGCUUUUCAUUGGUGUACAUGACUUUCUACAUUGUGGAAGUUUUGGGAAUGUCAGGCAUUGUUGCUUUAGUCACUGUAGGACUGAAUUUAGAUUCUUUAAGCUUUAAGCCGAGGAUGGAGUUCAUAAUUACUAAGUUUUUAAUAAUGUGCUCAUCUGUAUACCAUCAUUUAAUAUACACUUUCUUUGGCAUUGUGAUUGGAUGUGGAGAAAUCAAAUAUUUUACAUUUCACACUGUAGUUUUCAUAUUCAUCUUAUUUGCAACAGUAAAUUUUGUGAGAUUUCUUACCAUUUUGUUAGUGAGCCCUAUUUUUAUGCGUCUGAGUUAUGAAUAUAAUUGGCGAUGGGGAAUUAUUAUCACAUGGUCUGGAAUUAAAGGAGCUUUAAGCUUACUCUUGGCCCCCGAUAUUUAUAAUCUGGCUGAACAGAAAGUAGAGGCACCACAAAUGUUUAUAUUCUAUGUACAAGCAAUAUCGUUAUUGACUAUGGGAAUAAAUUCCUACAUGAUGACCUGGUCAGCCAGGAGAUUAGGUUUGUGUACUAUUUCCCUCCCAAGACAAAUGGCCAUGGAAAAUGUCAUUCAGCACAUACAGGAGAUAAUACAGAACACAAUCACUUUACUUAAAACAGAAAAAAUUUUGACAAAUGUUAAUUGGAAUUUAGUAGAAGAAAAAGCGAAGAUUGAAUACAUUAUUCCUUUUUCCCCCAUUUCACAUGAUGGAGACGAGGAGGAGGAGCCCCCAACAGAAGAAGUUUUAACAGAAGAAGCCAGAUUGCAUGUAGCUAUAAUACAAAUGAGUAGCUUUGAAAAACAAUGUAAUGAUGGAAUACUUGGAGUAGAUGCAGCCCGGAUAUUAAUUGGUGCAACCAAAAGCUAUUGCCCUAUCCAAGGAAAAUUCAUGAGUAUUUAUGAUGUUUCAACUUAUGUAAAAGCUAGAAGCUGGCUUAUGAAGUUUAAAAACAUGUUGACUUUCUUGCAAUAUAAGAAAGAAAAGGCACCUUUUAUCCCACCUGGGAGUUAUAAAUUUUUGAUUUACGUAUAUCACAUUGUAUUUUCAGAAGAAUUUGAAUAUACGGGACAUAUUAUAACCCUAAUGUAUAUUUAUCCUAUGAUAAUACAUCUAUGGCCAGUGGCAAGAGAUUUAAAUGUGUCAACACUGAUAUCAUUAAACUAUUAUUUUAUGUUUUUAUAUGUAUUAGAAUCAGCAUUGAAGAUAAUAAUUUUGAAAAGGAAAUAUUUUCGACAACAUUGGAAUACUUUGCAAUUUUGUAUCAUCAUUAUUGGAGUCAUUGAUAUCUUUUGUAUGUACUUUGUCAGAUUGAGACCAGACAACUUGGUUCUUAUUCAGUUUACAGUAGUAAUAGGAUAUUUCAGAAUAUUUAGGUUUCUUCCUAUCUUCAAGAUAGUAAUACCAGCACUGAUAAAUAUUGUAGAUGAGCAGAUCAAAAAGCGCCUCAGCUUGAUGUACGGUAUUACAAAAGGCUACGUCAAAAGUCAAGAAGAUGCCAAACUUUUUGUAAGACAAAUUUCUGGCUGUGAAUCAAUAUAUCAGAAAUUUUAUGAAAUUUUGGAUACCAACAAACGAGAUGCUGUCAAAGAACUGGGACUCAUAGAGCAUGAGUGUCGUGAUGUUGUCAUUGCUUUGAAGACUAAGCAGGCAAUCCGGAAUGUGAUUGCUAAAGCUCUGAAAAAUCUCACUUUUCUUUGGUCAAGAGGCAUUAUCGACAAAUAUGAGGGCAUCGAGAUGAAUAAGGUACUUCUUACAAAAAUAAAAGCCCUGAAUAACUUUCCAAUGGCAAUCCCACCCCCUACUCCAGACAAGUACCUCAAUAACAUCAUUUGGCUGGAAAAUAAAGAUGCUCUCAUUGAGUUCUUCAAGGAAAGAGCCAAACUUGCCUACUUUGACUAUGGAGAUGUCAUUUGUAAAGAAGGUGAAAUGCCACAAGGGAUCUACUUAAUUAUUUCAGGAAUGGCAAUUUUGCAUAGUUCACCUCCUACCUUUGGGAUACAGAGAAGCCUAAGGCCUGAUAGAGAGUCCAAAACCGUAUAUACAGAGUACUGUACUAGUGGGGACGUAAUUGGAGAGCUGAACUGCCUGCUUAAGCGUGAAUUUGAAUAUACUGUCAUCUGUGAAACUAUUUUACAGGCCUGCUUUAUCUCCCUGGAGGAUUUAUAUGAAGGCUUUGAUGUCUUCUGGCCAACCCUGGAAUAUAAAAUAUGGCUAAAGCUUGCCCUUAGUACUGCCUAUCAGUAUUUUGAAUCAAGUCUCGUUGAUGAGGACUUAAAGUUUCAGAAGUGUGUGGUGCUCAAUCACGCGUAUGUGGAGACUUUAUCAAGCUACAAUGAAAUGACUAUUAAUAAUGUGACCAUGAAAUUCGUUAUUAUUGUGUAUGGCAGUGUGAUUGAUACUAAGACAGAGGAACCAUAUUUUGCACCUUGCAUUAUACCUAAAACCUGUGAGCAGGUUCAGGGAACUUCAGAUUUAAGCAAGCUUCUGAUAAUCCGGGCAUCUGAACCUGCCAAAAAUAAUGAUAGUGCCACCACCAUGAGUAAGGGAUAG